UGAGCGUGCGCGCGUGUGCGCGCGUGAGUGAGUAAGUAAGCUAACCAGUUGUUGGCUAGCACCUUUUAGCAACUCUUUUUCGCCUUCUUUCCUGAAACAUUUGAACACUUUCCCAUUUCUCGCCAAAGAUCCACUUGACGUUCGCCACGGAAGGGGACCACCAUUAAAGAGGCUUGUCCGUCCCCCUAAACUGUCAAAGAAGACCAGGGACCCUCGAGAAAUGAUACUUUAGCCUCUCGACACUGGGGAAAAGUCCGGUUGCAUCUUACAGAUUUUUUUUUUUCCUUUUGGGGGACGUCGCUUUCUAACAUCCCAGGAAGGAAAGCUGUGAGAUUUUUUUUUUUUUUUUUGUAAGGAGUGGAUGCGGAAGAAAGCUAUGAGGCGAGUUGGACGCCUAAAGCUAACUGGACGCUGAGCUGGGAUUCAAAUAUGAGUGUUUUUUCUCACACUUGCCGUGUUGCCAAUGUGCUACAGAGUCACUCACCUGAAUACCCUUCAAGGAUUAGGCUUGAGUCAAGCGGCAUCAUCUGUGCGGGGAGGGAGCACACAGCGGUGCCAGGAUGUGCAAAGACUCCUGACCUUAAGUGAAGUGUGCACAUACCCAAGGCUUAGAAGUGUUGUUCCUCAUGAGACAGUCUCGCUCGAUUUGCCAUCCUCAAUGGAAGUGCCAUCAUAGACAGGAUACACUGUGGGUCCAACUCAGCAGUUUUCUGAGUGACCGUGUUGGAGCGGCUCUUUCAGCUGCGGGUUCCCCCUGAAGGCGGAGAAAUGGGAUCCCAGGCACUUCAGAUAUUACGACAGGGUGUGUGGGCCUCGCUCACUGGAGGGUGGUAUGUGGACCCCCAUCAGAGCACCUUCUCCAACUGCUUUCAUCUCUACCUAUGGAUAUUUCUGCUGGCCUUCCCCUUUCUGCUAUACAUGGCUUUCCCUGCAAGCUUGUUGAUAGCAGGACUGUACUCUGCUGUGGUGGCCAUCUUUUUCACCACCAUAAAAGUGGUGAACUACCGUCUCCACGCCAUGUUCGACCUCGGGGAGCUUGUCGAUAAGAAAAAGGCCUCACUCACAGCCGAUGUUCCAAAGACAGAAGACGUUGAGGAAGCUUCAGGUGGCCAUGAUGGGAGUCAACCCAGCAGGGAUAUUCAUGCUGGCGUAGAGAUGACCGUGUUUCGGAAGGUCAACUCAACGCCUCCGGUAAGAUGCAGCUCUCAGCACUCGCUGUUUGGACUCAACCAGGUGUCGGAGUUCUUGCCCCAACUUGAGGAUUCAGGGGGAACAAAGGAUAUCAAGGAGUUAAUGCGAGAACAAGGAAGCAAUAAUGUGAUUGUUACCUCUGCUCAUCGUGAAAUGCUGCGGCAGAGUUCUCAGGACACCAUCCGGACUCCAAGUAUGGUUCAGUCCUGCAUUGUUGCUGCUCUGGGAGGUAAUUUUCCAGGUCUCAUUGGACUCCCCGGUGUGGCAUCUGGAUUUGGAGAAGCAGGAGAAUAUCUGUCUGUACCCCCUUCACCUUCAAGUCAAGAAGAUGGAGGAGACAAAGAGCCAUUGCAUGAGGUUGUGGUUCCUCAAAAGAUUCCAGAAAACAGUGCAUUAGCUUAUUCACCCCUCGGGCCAUCUGGUGAGUCUGAAAGUCUUGGGGAUACCCCGCUUAGUCCUCUUAUAAAAAGUAGCUUGAGCGAAGAGCUGAGUGAAAAUCUCUUGGGGCUGGGCCUCGACCCAGUGGUGUUUGUGCCUGGGACCGAGUACCCUGGCCGUCGUAGUGGUGUGGCAUUAGCUACUGGAUCCACAGACAGCUGUUUCAGUGGCGGUGGUGCCGCAACUGACCGCGAGACACUGAGCACUGUUAGCAGCUACCGCAGUGAGAAAACAGACUCCACUCAGCUUGAAAGUCCAUCAUUCACCCAACCGAAGCUAGCAGAUGGACCAGUAUCUGCUACGGCGCCAACAGUUGGGGCCAAGAUGCCCACAGAGGUUCAAAUAGGACAGGAUGGCAGCGAUACGGAUAACCUGUCAGACAGCGUGUUACUGCGUUCCCCCUCCAAAGAUAUCUCCCCCAGCCAGGCCCUCGACAGAACACUUGUUGAAGGAGAUGAUUUGCCAUCUGACAUGAUUGCACAACCCCCUACGUUCCACAACUCUUCCCCCUCAAGUAGCGGCCACUCAGACGUUUGUGAUUUAGACAGAGCCGCCCCGGUCCCCCCCCUACCUCCGCCUCGGCAGGCCACUUCUGUGCCCUCAGGGCUGGCCCUGGGUUCAGUGUGCUCGGAGCCCUCUUUGCCCAUAUCCUCAACGCCGUUCCUGCUGUCAGAUCAAGCUGCCCAGCAGGUUGUGCGGCCCAAAGACUUGAAGCUACUGCGGGCCAGUGGCAGUAGUGUAGGCCAUAAGCCGGGCCGACGGAAAGCUCUGCGAAGGCGAGCCGGGGCAGGAAGUUUUGAUUGUGGCUCUUACAGGCGUCGUCACAAUCACAGACAACACCGAGAUUACAUCCCAGUGCGUAACAAGCUUGGCGCCAAGGCCUACAGUGAAAGUCUUUUUGAGGAUUCCAGCGAUGAGGAUGAUGGCAGUGACAUGAGUGCUGCAUCCAGUCUAGGCUCUCAGCGCCAUUAUAGCUCAGAUGAAGACGACUCCAGUUCCUCUACCUCCUGCUACUCCCCAGAACUCACUAAUACCGGCGCAGCUUUACAGCUCCCUCCAGCUUCUCAGUCUCCUACUCCCAGGGAAGGGGAUUUACCUGAACCUGCUGGCUCCUCACAUUCCCGUGCUGCUCAACGCUCAUCGAGCACAGCCAGCGCUAAGACGCACGCCAGGGUGCUCAGUAUGGAUGGUGGGGGUUCAAGUCAGAACAGCACAGCAGUUCUACCCUCUGCUCUGCAAACAAUGCCCUCCACUUCUACCCCUGCGCCGCGGACCCUCACCAUCUCCAAGUCUGAUUUGGAAGCCCGCACCAUCCACGUCGAUUGUUUCCCAGUGUCUCAUCCUCAUCGGCUCGAUUCUCUCGGAGGAUCUUGGACUGGUAACCAGAUGGGCUGGCGAGCAGGAGAGUUGACCGAAGAGGGGGCUGUGGGAGGAGCGCUGGCUCCAGAAGAUGGCGGCAAGCACGACUCAGUCAGCAGUGUGAAGAGGACCCAGGCCAUCCGCAGGCGACACAAUGCAGGGACCAACCCAACACCCCCGCCCUCUACAAUGGGGUCCCCUCCCAGCCUCCAGGACCUCCAAAGGGCUCGGACCUCUUCCCACUCGCGGACCCGUACCCUUCCCUCCGCCUUACAGUUUGCCUCGUCACUACUGCUUCCACGCAGCGGCAUCCAUGAGGCCUCCACAUUCGAUGACACAUCAGAGGGGGCUGUGCACUACUUUUUUGAUGAGAGCGGAGUGAAGAGGUCCUACACAUUUGGGCCUGCCGGAGGUGGUUAUGAGGACCCUGUUCAAGAAAGGGAAAGGCAAUCCCAGUCCUCAAGCUUCACCUCCACAGAGGUCCAGGAAGGAGCACCAGUCCUGUCAAUGCUGCAGCCCAGACCAGUUGUCCUACAGGGAAUGCAGGUGCGCAGGGUGCCAUUGGAAAUGCCUGAGUUUGAUCUAGAUCACGAGUCUCUGCAGGAGUCUCAAGAGAACACCCUGAUGAUCGAGGAGAAGGCUAAACCCAAGCAGUACUAUCGCUUUUGGGUCCUGCCUGGGAAGUGGCUCAGGGUCCGUUAUGAUCGAUUAGCACUUCUGGCGUUGUUGGACAGGAAUCGACGUGUGGGAGAAAAUGUGUUUGCUGUGGUGCUUGCCAGUCUGGUGGCCUUUUUGGGUUUCCAACUGUUGCUCCAGGGCUUUUUCAGGGACAUCUGGGUCUUCCAGUUCUGCCUGGUCAUUGCAAGUUGCCAAUACUCCUUACUGAAGAGUGUACAACCAGAUGCAGCCUCUCCCAUGCAUGGUCACAACUGGAUUAUCGUGUACAGCCGCCCUGUUUACUUCUGCUUGUGCUGCGUGAUGAUCUGGAUCUUUGAUUUGUCUGGUCGCUCCAGCAGCCUGCAACAGUUCUCACUCUAUGGCGUCACCUUCUUCUCUGCUCAUUUUCUGCUAUGUAUCAGAGAUAUGCUCCUGGUGUUUGCCUUGUGUUUCCCGGUCAUCUUCCUGUUUGGCUUGCUACCUCAGGUCAAUACCUUUGUUAUGUGUCUCUUGGAGCAGAUCGACAUGCACGUUUUUGGUGGAACAGCCACCACCAGUCCCCUCUCAUCUCUAUUCAGCCUCAUACGCAGUGUGUUCGUGGCUGCUCUGCUCUAUGGAUUUUGCCUCGGUGCCAUAAAUGCACCGUGGGGAGACGCCCAUGUGCCAGUACUUUUCUCUGUAUUUUGCGGCCUACUACUCGCCUUGUCCUACCACCUGAGUCGCCAAAGCAGUGAUCCUACUAUCCUGUGGUCAUUGGUGCGAUCCAAGUUAUUCCCAGAGCUGGAGAAUCGCACACCUGAAGAACCCCCUGUGGAGAUCAAGGAUCCACUUCCAGAUAAGCUGCAUAACUCUGUGAAAGAGAUUCUCCAAUCAGACCUCGUCAUGUGUCCCCUCAUGGCUGUGAUCACUUUUGCCAUCAGUGCCAGCACAGUUUUCAUUGCACUACAGCCUGCACUCAGCUUUGUUUUGUACAUCUUGGCGGGAGUUGUCGGCUUUAUUACUCACUAUCUCUUGCCGCAGCUCCGCAAACAGCUUCCUUGGUUCUGCCUGGCUCACCCUGUACUCCGAUCUAAAGAAUACAGUCAGUUUGAAGUCCGAGAUGCUGCUCAACUGAUGUGGUUCGAGAAACUGUAUGCGUGGCUUCAAUGUGUGGAAAAGUACUUCAUCUAUCCGGCGGUCGUGCUCAACUCCCUCACGACGGAAGCACGUGCCGUUGGGCAGAACCAUAAAGAGCUGGACAUCUAUAGCCGAGCGCUCUUCAUCUCAGUAGCUGGCAUGAAGCUUCUACGGUCAGCCUUCGGCACCCCAUCGCAGCAGUACGUCACAUUGUGCUUCACCACGCUCUUCUUCCACUUCGACUACCCACACUUCUCAGAGACCUUCCUGAUUGACUACUACUUCAUGUCCAUUCUUUUCAGCAAGAUGUGGGACCUGUUGUAUAAGUUACGCUUUGUGUUGACUUACAUCGCCCCCUGGCAGAUCACGUGGGGCUCGGCUUUCCACGCCUUCGCUCAGCCCUUCGCAGUGCCACAUUCUGCUGUGCUAUUUGUGCAGGCCAUCUUUUCAGCCAUCUUUUCUACCCCUCUCAAUCCAGUCCUAGGCAGCGCUGUGUUUGUUACAUCAUAUACCAGACCUGUUAAAUUCUGGGAGCGGGACUACAACACCAAGCGAGUUGACCACUCCAACACCAGACUUGCCACUCAACUUGACCGUAAUCCUGGUGCUGACGACAACAACUUGAACUCCAUCUUCUACGAACACCUAACACGUUCACUGCAGCACAGCCUGUGCGGAGAUCUGCUGCUUGGCCGCUGGGGCAACUACAACACUGGCGACUGCUUCAUCCUCGCUUCUGACUACCUCAACGCGCUGGUGCACAUCAUCGAGAUCGGCAACGGCCUGGUCACAUUCCAGCUGAGGGGUCUGGAGUUCAGAGGCACCUACUGUCAGCAGAGGGAAGUCGAGGCCAUCACAGAAGGUGUGGAGGAGGACGAGGGGUGCUGCUGCUGCGAGCCAGGUCACCUGCCUCACAUGCUGUCGUUCAACGCCGCUUUCGGACAGCGCUGGCUCGCCUGGGAGGUGGCGGCCACAAAGUAUGUGCUGGAAGGUUACAGCAUCAGUGACAACAACGCCGCCUCCAUGCUGCAAGUGUUUGACCUCCGCAAGAUUCUCAUCACGUACUAUGUCAAGAGCAUUAUUUACUACGUGAGCCGAUCACCCAAGCUGGAGGAGUGGUUGGCUAACGAGACGAUCCAGGAGUCACUGCGACCGUGUCUCGGUGCCAACUACGUCGAUAGCGACCCCACCUUCAACCUGAACAUUGAUGAGGAUUAUGACCAUAGGGCCUCCGGCAUCACACCCUCCUCCUUCUGCAUGAUUUAUGUGGACUGGAUUCAGUAUUGCAACAGCAGGCGUCAAUCGCCUGUGACAAGUGAGAAAGAUUCUCCUCUAGUCAGUCUUUGUUUUGGGUUGUGUAUCCUGGGAAGAAGAGCCCUCGGCACUGCCUCCCACAGCAUGUCUGCGAGCUUGGAGCCGUUCCUCUACGGCCUCCACGCACUCUUCAAGGGAGACUUUCGCAUCACGUCUCCACGGGAUGAGUGGGUUUUUGCAGAUAUGGACCUUUUGAAUCGAGUUGUGGCGCCUGGAGUGAGGAUGUCCCUCAAGUUGCAUCAGGAUCACUUUACAUCCCCGGACGAGUACGAGGACCCUGCAGUGCUCUAUGACGCCAUCACUGCCAACGACGAGAAGAUGUUGAUAUCACACGAGGGCGACCCUGUUUGGCGGAGUGCCAUCCUCGCAAACAUGCCCUCGCUGCUGGCGCUGCGUCAUAUCAUGGACGAUGGCAGCGACGAGUACAAGAUCAUCAUGUUGAACAAGAGGUUCCUCAGUUUCAGGGUCAUCAAGGUGAACCGAGAGUGUGUGCGUGGGCUGUGGGCAGGGCAACAGCAAGAACUCGUCUUCCUACGCAACCGCAACCCCGAGCGCGGAAGCAUUCAGAACGCCAAGCAGGCCCUUAGGAAUAUGAUCAACUCAUCGUGCGACCAGCCUAUUGGCUACCCAAUCUACGUGUCCCCCCUCACCACCUCGUAUGCGGGUGGGCACGGUCAGCUGCGCACGGUGUGGGGGGGACCCGUCAGCCCACACAACAUCUACAACUGGCUCAUCAACAGCUGGGACAGGAUGCAGAAAGGAUGCGGUGCUGGUUGCAACAGCGGAGGAAACAUCGAGGAUUCGGACUGCGGCGGCGGCUCGGCCUCCAUCACGGCCAACGUCGCCAUCCACACCACGCAGAGCACGCCGGCCCCCAGCCUUCCCCAGCCACACAUCACCACCAUGCAGCCCUCGUUGGGGACGGACAACCCGGUAGGUCCGACUCAGAACUGGCCUCACCACCCCCAGCCACUCCCACUGGCUCUCCUCAGCCAAUCAGAGGGCAGGAUGGAAGCAGGACUGCUCUCAUCCCUCCAGCGUACGUCCUCCAUCCAAGGCUUGCUGGGUCAGCAGCUGUCCAACCCGCAGCUCUCCUUCAGCGGCUCGGUGGCGCCGCCCCCUCUCCCAGUGCCCGAGCACUUCUGCCCCUCCGCCUUUCUGGAGAACUCGAGCCACAGGGUGGGCCAGCGGGCUGGCCUCGCCCAGGGCAACGUGCUCCAUUUUGAGAGCCAUUUCGGGAAGUGGAGUUUUUCAGGCAGAAAGGGCUUCAACGGUUCAGCGGCGACGGCGGGCGAGGGCGACGGAGGAAAUGUCCACACCAUACGCACUCAGGUGGGGAACCCCAACAGGAAUGGGCAUGACUCAAGUUCUUUUUCAUCACGGAGAAUAUUAACACUGCAGCCCCCGCCUCCUGGCCCACCACAAGAGGCCAGUCCCACACAAGACCCACUGGGAGCGACACGGGUGGUGGAUUCCUGCCCGCUGCCGGCAGGGGGCGCCCCCGCACCGCCUGACGAAUCCACAGAGUUGCCUUUACUGGAGCACUUGCGCUGAUGAUUGACAACGCUGACACCGCCCCACCCAUCCCGACUGCGUAACAGCACACUGGACCACCACCACCACCACCCUAAAAACAAAAAGUCUUCAGGACUCCAUCAAUUUUUCUUACACAUAGAUCCAAAACACAAAAAUAUUCACUCCCUCCUUUGCGGUCUGACAGCAUGUUGCACGUCGACUCAGGACGUUACUCCCAAAGUCAGAGGCGUUGUGCGUGCGUGCGUGCGUGCGUGUGUAUGUGAAUGUUGAGAGUAUGUGUGCUAACAGGCCAGGAAGGCCAGUGCAAUUAUAAGCGACUUUUUGUUUUGUUUGUUUUUUUUCCUUUGCGCGACGAUUGUUUAUUUCUAUGAACUGGAACAUGGAGGAUCAGCUUUGACUGUGUGGAUACCACAAGAAGCCUUGUUCAGUUUUUCUCUCAACUCAGAAGCCCUUUUCUCCUAUUCAGUCCGGAGAAAUACAACAAACUCUGAAACCAACUGAAAAUUCACCCCCGACCCACGCGUGGUGCUCGGACCGAUUGUUUACAGCCUCGAGUCCAAUCUGAAAAGUUGUGUUGAUCACAAACCUGGCAGCAAAGCUUUUUUUCUCUAUUCGGAGGAUUUUUUUUUCCUGCUUUUUCUUUACUUGAAAAUUGUGAGUCACUCAGUUUUGGCGCUGAGCCAGUUAAUCGGAGACGCCCACCCGCAUCACAUCCGACAAGAAGGAUGGGGGAGCGAGGGGGGAGGGGUCUGCUUCCUUCUCACGCCUACUCGACUACUGCUUCAGCAUCUCUUCGCUACUACUAACUAGAAUACAAAGUCACUACUACUACUACUGCUUGAAUCCAGCGUUUUAGUUGGAACUAAAGGAUUUAAAAACAAAAAACAGGAUGAAUAUUUAUUGGAGGAAGGCGGUCUUACGUAAUGGGAUUUGUUUGUACCAUGCUGAUGUUAAAUUGGCAAUUUACGUUCUUUUGUCCACCCCUCCUCUUCAAACCAGUAUCACAAUUGUCAUCUCAACAAGGGGCUACUGUGUGUAGUGUGUUUGUGUGUGUGUAUGGAACUAGAAAUACAUCAGAGAAGUCACUUUAAGUUGGUUUCCUUCCCUCUUUCACUCUUAGUCGCUUUGAACGGAUGCUGCAGUAGAACACAAAUUGCAUUCUGCAAAAUAAGACCAAAAUGAAAUGGUCCUUAAAAGUGUUGGGUGAAAAAGUCCCUUGACAAUUCUCCUAUUAGGGCACCGUGGUGGAUGCGUGCUGGGUCCGACCACCUACAGUGCUGAGGUUGGGGGUUUGAAUUCGGACUUGGGCUUUCCUGUGUGGGGUUGUUAGCGUGUUCUCCCCGUGCUCGCGUAGGUGUCUUCAGGUAGUCCGGCUUCCUCCCACAUUCUAAAAACAUUCACGUCCGGUUUGUUGAUGAAUAAAAUUGACGUCAGGCGGCUCGUACUAGAGGGAAUAAUUGGGCAAUGGUAUGUACCCUCGCGAUGGGCCUGCGACCAAUCCAGGGUGUACUCUGGCCCAGAGUCACCUGGAUUCGGCUCCGGUUCACCCAUGUGCCCUUAUCAGCGAUAUUGAAGGAUGGAUGAAUAUUCUGCCAAAAUCCCAAAUAACUGAAAUAUUGCGGGCACUACCUCUCCCGCUAAAAUCACAAAAAGCUGGAAUGUUGAAAGCCCAAAUACUGCUGCUAAAAUCCCAAGUAGCCCUCUACAUCUUUUCUUUUUGUGAAAACACAGCUGCCAGUAAAACUUUUUUUUUAUAUAUACUUUGCUCGGAUUAAGCAAAGCACAAGACGGUGAUCAGAGCUGGGUGUCAGUUGAC